AUGGCGUCGAUUUUCUUGCCAGGAGCCACCAAGCGCACCAAACAUGAUAUGGUCCAUAAAAAUGGGGCAAUUGUGUCGCUGAAGUACAAGAAAGCAGCGAGCAGCGCGUCGCCGGCGACGCCGUCGGCGGCUAGCGCAAAAAGGGCGCCCGGCGAUCCGGCGAAUCGCGAUGAGAACGACUCGACGCGCACCAAAUGCAAAUCGAACAUGGAUCGGCCCGGCGGUGCCACCGACGACGACGAUGGCAACGACGACGUGUUCAAAGACCUCAAGUUGAAAUUGGCGCAGAACGAAAGGAAGGGCGAGACGAUCGAGUCGCUGCUCGCCGAAGACGAGGUCAAUCCGCUAGCCGAUUAUCAGAUUCCGGAUCGGGCGACGCCGUUGCCGCCGCCGACGUCGGUGCCGAACGCGAACCAUCAAUCGAACAAAUCGAAAAUGAUAAGCAACACGGAGCUUAUGAAAAUACCAAAAACUAAAAAAAACAAAAAAGCGGGUGUGACGCCGCUGGGCCGAAUGCGCACCGAGAACACGCAAUCGGAGAAGGCGUCGGUGAAGGAGAAGAAGCCCGAGAAUCAGACGCAGGGCAGCAGCGAAGGCGGCGAAGAUCCGACGAUGACGAAAAUUCAGACGAAGACGAUCGGAGUGAGCACAAUGUUGGCUCCCGAGCAGCGCAAGAACAAAGGCGGCUCGAAAGAAGCUGGACGAACUGUCGGCUAG